GAAUUUUGCUAGGAGAACACCAUCUAAAGCAAAAACUAUUAUCACCACGUUAAGAUAGCAAAAUGAAGCUUCUUAUUUUUGUAGCCUUCAUGGCAACCAUCUUAAAGAUCAAUGCAGGCAAGAAGCUGAGACUAAUGCAAGGCAUGAAUGGAGGGUUGAUGAACCCUGGAAUGAUGAUGGGGGGUGGCAUGAACCCUGGAUUGAUGAUGGGGGGUGGCGUGAACCCUGGAUUGAUGAUGGGGGGUGGCGUGAACCCUGGAUUGAUGAUGGGGGGGGGUGUGAACCCUGGAUUGAUGAUGGGGGGUGGCAUGAACCCUGGACUGAUGGUGGGUGGCCUAACACCGGGACGGAUGGUGGCUGGCCUUAACCCAGGACUGAUGGUGGCUGGCCUGAACCCUGGUGGCGCAGGUUUCAUUGGACAGCCUCAGUUGGGCCAGAUGAUUUCAGGUGUCCCCACAUAUGUCAUGCAGUCCCAAGCUGUCCCUGCCAGUUCCAUCAGUGUCCCCAAUGGUGGGGUGGGGCAGCCACAACUGCUGCCUAUGUUGCCAGGACAGUACCAGUAUCCUGGCUCCCAAACUAAUUUGCUGCCUUACUACAUGGCUGCCCCUCAAAUGGCAGGAAUGAAUCCACCACAACAACAGCAAGUCAUGGGAGGUCAAGGUGCAGCUGGAAAUCCCAUAGGUCAACCACAGCAGCCACAAGAUCCUCAACAAGCAGAUGCUGUAAGAAGAUACAAGCGCUUUCUGGUGAGAGCUCAAGCCCUGACACCUCAUUCUGAAAUUCAGACUCCAACUGAGACAACAACUUCAUCCCCCAUUACUUGUAAAAACAUGAUUCAUGUUUAGAGUGGAUAAAAAAGAGAACAAGGUGUCUACUGUAAGACAUGAGAACACCACUGCAAUGUUUACAGCACUUUAAACAUUAUCUUCUAUCAUGGUGUACAUGCAGAUAUUGCUUACAUAUUUUGUCUUGAUAUUUCAAUAAACAGGACUUUUA